AUGAGUGAAGAAGAUUCAGUUUCAGCAUAUGAUAUAAUUGCAAGAUGGAUUAUAAGUCCCUCCUGUAUAUUCCUGAUCGUAAACCUUGUCAUCGGCACCAUUGCUAUUACCUCUCGAUUCGCCACUCAGAGAAAAAAUCAACCUGACUCGUCGCCGCAACUAGGCCCUCCCACGUCGUCGUUUUUUGAUCGAGUGACGUCAUUUGGACUAGGUUGCUGUAAAUUCAAACCACCAACAACGUCGGUGGAAAGUCAGAUCGAAUCUGUUCAAAAUCAAAACUUGAACAGACUCGACCAGACUGUAUUGAACCAGACCAAAUCGAAUGACACAGACCUUGGUAUGGAUAAGUUGAUUGUGAAUCCGCUACCAAGAGCUCCGUUGCUCUUGGAACGGCUCAUGUCGGGGAAUUUUGGCCGGUUGAAGUCUGUAAAGGUGGAGGAGGAGAAGAAAGUUGGAUCAGAAAUGGAAGAGGAGGAAGUGGAUGCAAAGGCUGAUGAUUUUAUAAAAAGGUUUAAGCAGCAACUUAGGAUGGAAAGGCUUGAUUCCAUUCUACGUUACAGGGAUGUACUUCAUAGACGCUCAUGA